AUGCAGGCGGCAGUGGUGGUGCGGGCCUGCCUUUGUGAUGGGCGCCGGGACUUCAGCAGGCCCGCUGCGGCUUGUCGGGGCCGUACCUUGGGACACGCGGAUCCGGGGCGGUGGCAAAGCGUGGCGAAGCGCUGCAGCCCGCGUUUGCAUGCAGGGGCGCAUGCGGACGUGAGCGAACGAGAGGGCGGCGAACAGCGGAACGGCGGAUCGGCGUACCGAGGCGACUGCGGCGUGGGGAUCGGCUGGGGCGUUUGCCUCUCUGGUGAGAAUGCGAAAGCCACUCAGGGUAGCGCGGAUGUGGAGGCCCGCUUCCCUGAGGAAGCGGCGCAGCAGGCGCGAGGAGCGAGCCCCGUGGCCAUUCCUCUGCCUCUCAACAGCCGCCUGACGGGCAUCUUGGGCUUCUUCCGGCUGCUGGUGGAUAUUGCGCUGGCGUGUCUGCAGCUGCGCUGCUCGACGCUGUGGGGGGGGAGGAGGGCCUCGGUGGCGGCGGUGACUUUGUCGACCACCGCAGGACUCGAGGUCUGCGGAUCGCUGCGACUGCUGUGCCGGCGCACGACGCUGCGCAGGGACAGGCAGAGACAACGCAGGAGCCAGCAAGCGGGAGUGGCGGCGCAUGUCGCGCACGGCGUCUAUGUUGUGGACGCUGGCGCUCGUGGAGGCAGGCUGCCGCUACUGCGAGCAGUCCUCUCUGGUCGGCUACUGCAGCCCCCUCACACGGGCGCGCACGCCGCCGUGCCGGCUCCCCACGUGCAGAGGGUCGUGCAUGUCGGUGUGCCGGGGGCACUUGGAUGCCGUGCUCGGGCUCCUGCGGAAUGUUGCCAGCGGCUCUGCACAGGAGUACGUCGGCAAGCUCGUUGCCGCGCACAUGCCGCCGCUCACCUCGGAUGCGCUGGACGGGCCGCUCCCCGCUGA